GUUUUUUCUGCGUCUCUGUUGGUCCAGAUCUGCCGACGGCUGAACGGGAUCAGGUUCACCAGCUGUAAAAGUGCCAAAGACAGGACGUCGAUGUCUGUAACCCUGGAGCAGUGUGCCCUGCUGAGAGACGAGCACCAGCUCAACAAGGAUUACUUCAUACGAGCCCUGGACUGCAUGCGGAGGUGAGCGAGAAACUCAACUUUGGGGGGGGUCUUUAAAGAUGAUUUCCUGAUUCAUAGCUGGGCUACUCGCAUUCUCUCUCCUUGCCUCAUUCUCAAAAAGGAAGGAAUGGAGAGGGAAGUGAGCAUUGAAGGGGACAAUCUGAGGACAGGAACCUCCAAUCUGCUCCACCACUGCUUGCAUCACUUCCCUCUAAUGUUUUGAGAAGGUGGUGGUGAGAGGAUGGGAGGAAGUUUACCCGAGGAAUCAGAGAUGGACUUUUGAGAUUCCCCCUUUGUGUCUCUGGGCCCUGAAGUUGAUCGGGUAACCUGGUCAGGAAAACUCCUGGUCCUAAUUAUAAUAAGGUCCAGGAGUCUUUCCUAACUAAGUAACCGACCUGACUGGGAAAAACUCCCGAUCCUACGUAUGCCAACAUUGCCCCAUUCCGUGUUCACUGGCACCACCCAUAUCACCAAUCCUAGUUGGUAUCGGAGGCCACACCCCGCCCUUAUAGCCUGCCUCAUCCAAUCCCAUCUGAUUUGGUCAAAGUUCACAUCAGAGCCACGUCGUAGCUUGGCAUGGGCCCUGUUUGAAUACUUUAGAAAUGUCCUUCCCUCCCGUCCUUCCCUCAAAGAAAUCACUGAUCUGAUGUGACUGGGUGGGUGAAAGCUACAGUGCUGUAUCUAAAGGAACCCAUGUUGUCACCUAUCCAAUGUUGUGAGAUCAGUGAUUACCUAAUAUAGCAUUUCUACAGUAGUGUAUCAUGAUGUCACCCAGGCACGUUCCUAUAAUCCCCCUCUCUACUGACUGUCCUCAUGAUGUCAGAAGCCUUCAACCAUGUGAUCUGAGGUUACCCAGAGUUGAGAGCGUACAAUUCUGUCAACAGAGUUUGGCAGAAGAACACAUGAUCACCACAACUAUCUAAACAGUUAAUUGUAUUUGGCUAGUAAGAGCUUUUGUAAUAAAUAGAUGACAGAACACAUUCGGUAUGUGGUGAAGACAAAGUGGUUGCUUGUACUAUACACAAAACACAUCCCAAAAGAACUUGGAAUAGACUUCAUAGACUAGUUUUAUUCAGACAAGCAAUUCUUUCCCGGAUUUGAUGGACAACUUGACGAGAGUUUCGGGGUGCUUGAGUAUCUAAGGAAUCUUUGUUUCAUCUGUGCACCAAUUGUAGCAUUUCAGCACUUUACCCUAAAAUCGAUUCAAUUAAAUUCAACCUCAACAAAGAGUGAUUAUCAGAGCUUGAGAAUGUAUAUGUGUGCCCAUGUGUUCCAGUGUCAAGAUGGUUCAGACAGAGUGACACUGUAAAAUAGCUGUGUCCUUGACCCGUCUAUGCAUAGUUGGACCCAUAACUAUCAAUCUUCAGUAAAUACGUUUUAGGACUGAGCAGCUGUAAGUAUGAUGGAUCAUUCUUUCAACAUAGUUUUGUCAGAAUAGCCUGUAUACUGUGUGAUCACCACAUAAUGUAAACGGUCAGUUGACUGUGGCUAGUUAGUGAUCUUCCCAUGAGUAAAAAAGGGUGAUUCAAAUACUUUUGCCUGCAGAAAUGCUUUCACACCAACUGUCUGCAACUGCAUACACUGUGUGUUCACACGUGAAAUGUACCAAGAACAAAAAAGAUACAGCUCAGAUGAUCACUAACGCAGAGUCUGAGAGAACUAAGUCAUUUCUAAAACACUGUUAGAUAAAACUGGUUUAUGUUUUGAGAAAAAGGAAAGUUAAAGUAGUGCUUUGAUAAUAUUGAGGGUUGUUAUGAGGCUGGUAGAACCGGUUAUGGUUAGACAGUGUUGUGGCUUUGGAGUGGUCCAAGAAUAAACCGGCUCUACAACAACACUACGGCUAUAAAAUGUCAUCAUCAUUAGAGACUAUGAGCCUACUACUAAUCUAAAACGUCAGAGUUACUAUAACCAAGUAUUGUCCAAUUCUAUUAUAAUCCCCCUUUUACGUAGGAUGCGUACUGCAGCAGUGACUCUUGAAAACUUGAUAAGUUGCGACAACCAGUGUUAACUAGUAGCUAGUUAACUAGUAGCAAUCCCGAGUUGACAUGCUCCUCUGUGUUGGAGAAAUUCUCUUUACCCGUCCGUCCGUGCCUGCGCAUGUGCACUGGCCUUUUAACUAUCCCAAAGCCUAGGACCAAGAGACAGCCUUUAGUUACUAUUUCCCCAGCCUCUAGAAUAGCCUGCCAGAGAACCUGAGGGGGGCCGAAACUGGGGACAUAUUCAAAAGAGAUCUUAAAACACACCUGUUUAAUUCUGCUUUUCCUCAGGGUACUUUUUAGUCUUUUAGUUUUUUAUCCUCUUAUGUUUGUUGUGUAGUAAAUAUUUCCGUUGUUAAUGUUUUAUCCCGUAAAGCGCGUUUCGUUGCAUCCAUGUCUGAAAUGUGCUACAUAAAUAAAGCUUGAUUUGCUGGUGGUAUGUGGCCCAUAGGGGCCUCUACUUAACUAACCCACGGGUUCUUUUUGAAUGUUCUGCUCUUUUCUCUGACUGACAGUGUACUGCCUAACAGUCUCUGUGGCUUAGAACAAACCAAAUGUGGGUUGAUGGGAAUAGACGGCAAGCUAUUUUGAUAUUGUUUGAUGACCCCUAUAGCUUUUGCCACCGUCACGCAUCAAGGUUCAGUGUAAAUUAAUUAAAUCCAUUGACUGCUUCCGCAUAGAACAUUUUUGUUGCCAUAAGAAGGAUGUCUCUGUGGGAAGCUCCCUUAGUUAUGAAUGGGCCUUGUUUCAUCUUGGUAUGAUUAUAGUGACGGAAGUACCAGCUUACUUUGGCACCAUAACUAAACAAGCUAGUUCCAUACUUCACGUUCUGUACAUUAUGCACUGUUUGCUUUGUGUCAGAUCUGUUGUCUCCUCCUUUAAACUUUGUGAUCUUGCGAUGGUUUAAUUGUUCGUAAGGAAAGAAUACUCUCCCAUUAUUGGUAUGUAACUCUUUGGAACAGGACAUUUGACUUCCUUAGAUAAGAGCUGAAUGAAUCGCAUGUUGUGUGGCAACCAACGCUUUGUAUUGACUACAGGCCUCUAGAUUUACAGUUUAAUAGAGACCAUGUAAACCGUCUUUUUUAAAGAAUCUAGUCUCAAGACUAAUCAACAUGUGGUCUAACAUGGUGUACAGCAGAGAAGUCAGGAGCUUUGUUGACUUGCCAAGUUUGUUCUCUACUUUGCUUUACUACUUUCUCUCACUUUGUAGUGACUCAUGUAUAGAUGGGUUGGCUGACAAAGUCACGAAAAGGAUGCGCGCAUCGAUGUGGCUGGAAGGUGUGUGUUGUUAUGAUUCUGAACGGUCUGAUAGCUAGCGACAAUUACAAGAAGCUGCCAUGUGGGGAACCGUAGGUGGCUCGUUUCAGCUCAUUGUAUCUUGUUAUUGACACCAUGUCUUGUUUUGAGGUGUUUUGACUGAUGUCUUGUCUAUGCUAAUAUGGCAGAAAUUUGCUAGCUAGCUAACCAACAACUGAGAGACUCAUUGUGCAUAUGGUGCAAAUGUAUUUAUGUGAGACUAAAUACAGUGAGGGAAAAAAGUAUUUGAUCCCCUGCUGAUUUUGUACGUUUGCCCACUGACAAUGACAUGAUCAGUCUAUAAUUUUAAUGGUAGGUUUAUUUGAACAGUGAGAAACAGAAUAACAACAAAAAAAUCCAGAAAAACGCAUGUCAAAAAUGUUAUAAAUUGAUUUGCAUUUUAAUGAGGGAAAUAAGUAUUUGACCCCUCUGAAAAACAUGACUUAGUACUUGGUGGCAAAACCCUUGUUGGCAAUCACAGAGGUCAGACGUUUCUUGUAGUUGGCCACCAGGUUUGCACACAUCUCAGGAGGGAUUUUGUCCCACUUUGGCAACUCGAACCUUCAGCUCCCUCCACAGAUUUUCUAUGGGAUUAAGGUCUGGAGACUGGCUAGGCCACUCCAGGACCUUAAUGUUCUUCUUCUUGAGCCACUCCUUUGUUCCCUUGGCCGUGUGUUUUGGGUCAUUGUCAUGCUGGAAUACCCAUCCACGACCCAUUUUCAAUGCCCUGGCUGAGGGAAGGAGGUUCUCACCCAAGAUUUGACGGUACAUGGCCCCGUCCAUCGUCCCUUUGAUGCGGUGAAGUUGUCCUGUCCAUUUAGCAGAAAAACACCCCCAAAGCAUAAUGUUUCCACCUCCAUGUUUGACGGUGGGGAUGGUGUUCUUGGGGUCAUAGGCAGCAUUCCUCCUCCUCCAAACACGGCGAGUUGAGUUGAUGCCAAAGAGCUCGAUUUUGGUCUCAUCUGACCACAACACUUUCACCCAGUUCUCCUCUGAAUCAUUCAGAUGUUCAUUGGCAAACUUCAGACGGGCCUGUAUAUGUGCUUUCUUGAGCAGGGGGACCUUGCGGGCGCUGCAGGAUUUCAGUCCUUCACGGCGUAGUGUGUUACUAAUUGUUUUCUUGGUGACUAUGCUCCCAGCUGCCUUGAGAUCAUUGACAAGAUCCUCCUGUGUAGUUCUGGGCUGAUUCCUCACCAUUCUCAUGAUCAUUGAAACUCCACGAGGUGAGAUCUUGCAUGGAGCCCCAGGCCGAGGGAGAUUGACAGUUAUUUUGUGUUUCUUCCAUUUGCGAAUAAUCGCACCAACUGUUGUCACCUUCUCACCAAGCUGCUUGGCGAUGGUCUUGUAGCCCAUUCCAGCCUUGUGAAGGUCUACAAUCUUGUCCCUGACAUCCUUGGAGAGCUCUUUGGUCUUGGCCAUGGUGGAGAGUUUGGAAUCUGAUUGAUUGAUUGCUUCUGUGGACAGGUGACUUUCAUACAGGUAACAAGCUGAGAUUAGGAGCACUCCCUUUAAGAGUGUGCUCCUAAUCUCAGCUCGUUACCUGUAUAAAAGACACCUGGGAGCCAGAAAUCUUUCUGAUUGAGAAGGGGUCAAAUACUUAUUUCCCUCAUUAAAAUGCAAAUCAAUUUAUAACAUUUUUGACAUGCGUUUUUCUGGAUUUUGUUGUUGUUAUUCUGUCUCUCACUGUUCAAACAAACCUACCAUUAAAAUUAUAGACUGAUCAUUUCUUUGUCAGUGGGCAAACGUACAGAUUCAGCAGGGGAUCAAGUACUUUUUUCCCUCACUGUAUAGUUUACAUGUUGUCAACAGUCUAAAGCAACCCUGUCUGUUUUGCCCCAUAGUGGCGCGCGUGUCAGUUUUGUUGCUAAACAACCAACCCCUCUAUACAGUAUGGUGGUCUGUGAGCUUGUCAAAGUAUAGUUGGUUGCAUUAACCACAGACAUUAUGUGAGUAUUCAUGUUUAUGAAUUCCUACCCAGUGAUAUAAACUUAACUCAUUGAAAUAUUUUCCACUGCUGUAGGCGUUUAGUGCUUAAAGUAACUACCCAGUGAAAAUCUCACUUUUAAAGUUAAUAAUCUGUUAACUCAUCCUAUACUUGCAUUUGUGGCCAAAGCAUAAAUUGGAGAAAAAACACUAAAACUUCUCAAACAGACAAUUUCAAUUUUUUUUGCUAUUUCCUCAUGAGGAGGAUGAGCUGGCCAAUCAGCAGUCUAGAGGAGGAAAAAGCAUAAAUUGGAGAAAAAACACUUAAGAAACCCCACCUCAAACAGACAAUUUAAAAAAUGCUUUUUAACAUACUUAAUUACAAUUUUUGGAAGUAAAACUAUUUCACUCAUAUUGUAAGCAAUUAUACAGUGAGUGUACAAAACAAUAGGAACACCUUCCUAAUAUUGAGUUGCAGCCCCUUUUGCCCUCAGAAUAGCCUCAAUUCAUCGGGGCAUGGACUCUACAAGGUGUCAAAAGCGUUCCACAGUUGUGUCAAGUUGGCUGGAUGGCCUUUGGGUGGUGGACCAUUCCUGAUACACAUGGGAAACUGUUGAGCGUGAAAACCCCAGCAGCGUUGCAGUUCUUAACACGCUCAAACCGGUGCGCCUGGCACCUAAUACCAUACCCCGUUCAAAGGCACUUCACCCUCUGAAUGGCACACAUACACAAUCCAUGUCUCAAUUGUCUCAAAGCUUAAAAAUCCUUCUUGAACCUGUCUCCUCCCCUUCAUCUACACUGAUUGAAGUGGAUUUAACAAGUGACAUCAAUAAGGGAUCAUAGCUUUCACCUGGAUUCAACUGGUCAGUCUAUGUAAUUGAAAGAGCAUGUGUUCAUAAUGUUUUCUACACUCAGUGUAGGUCAUAGUUCAUAGACAUCUGGAAACACUGGAUAGUUACUUUAACAUAAAGUACAAUGGAAAGUGAUAAAUAACACAUUGUCCAAGUGUUUAAAAAAAAAUAUAUAUAUAUAUAUAAAAAACAAAUAUAUGUAUUCACUAACUGUAAGUCGCUCUGGAUAAGAGCGUCUGCUAAAUGACUAAAAUGUAAAAUGUAAAUGUUUGAUUUUGGUCCCGUGGGUUUUGGCCAACAGCCAGUCUUAAGUCUUUUCAUGUUCAUGAAGCUUGCUUGACUAUAUCUCUAUCAAUACAUUUACUGCCACUGUUCCCUUGUCUUAUCCAACACUUAUGUCUUGUUUAAAUAUCGACAUAGUCUGAACCCAAGUGUACGUUCUAACUGCACCACUGUCUGGUUUCACUAUGGCUUGUUCUGGAUAUGUGGGGGUUAGGCUUAUUAUAUAGUCUCUAUGGGGGUGCCACAGGGUUCAAUUCUUGGGCCAACUCUUUUCUCUGUGUAUAUCAAUGACGUCGCUCUUGCUGCUGGUGACUCUCAGAUCCACCUCUACGCAGACGACACCAUUUUGUAUACAUCUGGCCCUUCAUUGGACACUGUGUUAACAAACCUCCAAACGAGCUUCAAUUCCAUACAACACUCCUUCAGUAGCCUCCAACUGCUCUUAAACACUAGUAAAACUAAAUGCAUGCUCUUCAACCGAACGCUGCUUGCACCCGCCCACCCGACUAGAAUCACUACUCUAGACGGGUCUGACCUAGAGUAUGUGGACAACUACAAAUAUCUAGGUGUCUGGUUAGACUGUAAACUCUCCUUCCAGACUCACAUUAAGAAUCUCCAAUCCAAAGUUAAAUCUAGAAUCGGUUUCCUAUUUCGCAACAAAGCCUCCUUCACUCAUGCUGCCAAACAUGCCCUCGUAAAACUGACUAUCCUACCGAUCCUUGACUUCGGCGAUGUCAUUUACAAAAUAGCCUCCAACACUCUACUCAGCAAAUUGGAUGUUGUCUAUCACAGUGCCAUCCGUUUUGUCUCCAAAGCCCCAUAUAAUACCCACCACUGUGACCUGUACGCUCUUGUUGGCUGGUCCUCACUACAUAUUCGUCGCCAAACCCACUGGCUCCAGGCCAUCUAUAAAUCACUGCUAGGCAAAUCCCCGCCUUAUCUUAGCUCAUUGGUCACCAUAGCAACACCCACCCGUAGUCUGCGCUCCAGCGGGUAUAUCUCACUGGUCAUCCCCAAAGCCAACACCUCCUUUGGCCGCAAUUCCUUCCAGUUCUCUGCUGCCAAUGACUGGAACAAAUUGCAAAAAUCUCUGAAGCUGGAGACACUUAUCUCCCUCACUAACUUUAAGCAUCAGUUGUCAGAGCACCUUACCGAUCACUGCACCUGUACACAGCCCAUCUGAAAUUAGCCCGCCCAACUACCUCAUCCCUAUAUUGUUAUUUAUUUUGCUCAUUUGUACCCCAGUAUCUCUAUUUGCACAUCAUCUCUUGCACAUCAUUCCAGUGUUAAUACUAAAUUGUAAUUAUUUUGCACUAUAGCCUAUUUUAUUGCCUUACCUCCAUAACUUGCUAAAUUUGCACACUGUAUAUUAUAUGUAUUUCUGUUGUAUUUUUGACUUUGUUUUGUUUUACCCCAUAUGUAACUCUGUGUUGUUGUUUUUAUCGCACUGCUUUGCUUUAUCUUGGCCAGGUCGCAGUUGUAAAUGAGAACUUGUUCUCAACUGGUUUACCUGGUUAAAUAAAGGUGAAAUAAAAAAAUAAAAUAAAAUAUUUCCUUAAGGAUUGGGUUGAGAUCUUUAAACGUCCCUUUCUGUUGGCUACAUGAAAACAACAGGUGCAUACACACAAGCAUAAGAACACAUCCAAAGAUUUGUCAAAAUAAUUGAAAGAGGAGAGAUCCAGAUAAAUGAUCUUGCCUGCCUUUACUCACCCCCUUCAUGCUUCAAUUCCUCUAUUCAUGUGGGACUUAGACUCUUCCAUUAAUCUUUCCAUUUACCCAUCCAUUCAUCCGUCCGUACCUGCGUCUGUGCUUGCUGGUUGUCUUUGGCCAAUGUCAGGGGUCCCUCCUUUACUAACCCACUGGUUCUUUCUGUCUAUUCUCUGUCUCACCUCGUCCGCCUCGCCCCUCGCCCGGCAGUCGGCUCACCCAGGGAGAAGUAGUGUGUCAGUGGGAUUCGGACCCAGAGGCGGCAUGCUCUGUAGCGGAGAACAAGCCGGCCUCGCGACACUUCUACCCCAUCGCCCUGCUGCUUGUCAGCUCACACCUGCUGGUGGUGUGGCUCAUUUUAAGUCUUGUUUUUCUGCUUGCAAAAUAUCAAUAAAGUUGCUGACGAUGCCAUGUACUGACCUUGUGUGUGUCGGGUGGUGAUUUUUGUUUGUGCAGCUUGUUUUUCUGGAUGGAUGGAGGGAGUAUGGAAUUAGAGAGGUGUGAUUUCAUUGAUUUUUCUUUGAAAGGAUAAUUGGGGGAUACAUUGUUUAAUUUGUACAAUCAAACACAAGCUUUCGACUGUUAAUCUGACUAGCAGGCUUGAGGAUUGGAUGGAAUCGAUUAAGAAUUAAAGGGAUUAAGAAAAUAAAUUCUCUCCGCUAAGACACAUUGGCUUUCUCUGUUUUCACAGAUACCAUACUGUUGAACCUUGGAGGCUUUUUUCUCCUGUAGCAAAAGGAUUGGCCAUAUAAUAAUAUCAGAAGGACUGGAGAUAAACAAUUAUCUCUUCAUGUCAAUGACAGAGAGCUAAUGUUCUGAGAGCUAGCAUUGCGUUCUGGUUGACUGCUCUGGCACAGAUACCAAAGUGCUAACACCGUAACUGAAGCCUAUCACACUGUAACACAAUCCAGUGUAAACCCCAAGCAGCUUGAGGGCACGUUAUUAUCAUAGCCUCCAGUUGACCCCUGUCAGUUGAGGGAUCCUCCUCUUCAUAGAGACUGUGAUUUAUUUACUAAGAUUCUACAUUUAGUAAUGUACUACAUCUCUUCAACGAUUGCUAUGUCCUCUGGAAUAGUGGAAGUAGAACCCCCUCACUCUUCUUCCCAACUCCAACUAUCUCCCCCUCUACUCUAAAGUAGACCAUAGUAGGAUUCUGAUGAGCAGGUGGAAAUAGAGCCGUAUAAAUCAAUAGUGAUAUGCCCCAGGACACGUCAAAAGCAGCUGUUUUCUCUCCCUCCGUUAGACUGCUGUUAGUGUGUUUAGACCGUUAGACUGCUGUUGUUCUUCUGUCUUUAAAACAGCAACUACAGAACAACAGAUGUAGGAAUGAUCCCAGAAUGUAGGAGUGAUCCCAGAGAGUAGGAGGGAUCCCAGAGUGUAGGAGUGAUCUCCGCUUACAGUGUAGGCACAGCACACAAACGUUUCUCAGUCUUAACCUGCCAGGUAUCGGAUGUGUGCCACCACUGACUGAGCAACCAUCGAUAGGGACCGUUCUGUAUUUAUGGAACGGAUCCAUGCAGGAAUUUGGCUAUUUAACUUGACCAGAACUCAAAUUUGAUAGUCGGCAUUUCAUUUUUUCUUGGCCUGCGAAUCGUACCGCUCCUCCGGUUUAAUCAAAUGACACAUUCACUGCAGUUUACAGCCUAGACUAGAGGGAGGGAGAGAGGGGGGGAUAACUCCAAAGUCCAAAAACAUCAACACCUAUCGCCGAAACUACAUAACAUGUUUCAGAGCCGGGUGUUUGCAACCCAACGGGACAAUCUUAAUUGAACGUGCAGACUUCCCAAAUCGCAAUAACUCGCACUCCAAUAGCUCAAUGGGAAUAAACGACGGUACAUUCGAAAUCGUUACCCUUGUGGACGGAGAAAAAAGCGGCGUAACUUGAAUAAAUAUACCUUUAAGAAGUACGCCAUGCUCAACCAUCCAACCAAUCGACAAGACGCUCUUCUUUAAGAAAAACCACCACCACUUUAUUCAUCCGUGACGCAUAAGCAACAUUUUCAUAGCCUACCUUCUCUCCUACGGCGACCAGAAACUUCUCCACAGUGACAGUAUCUUCAGUAACACACCUGAAGACGUGCCGAAGUGACAGGGACGGCGUCCCCAUGUGGGUCGCCAUCCUCACCAAAACCAGGGCAAUUCCAACAAGAAAUACAAUAUACCUAAUUCUACCACAGAAAAAUAUAUUUAAAAAAUAAUAAUAAUAAUCCUCAUGCAUAGAAAAAGGAAAACCACCAAGAAAAGGAAACAAGAAAGAAAACACAGGCGAUCUAACUCCAGACAACACUCGCACUUGCUCAUACAAUUCACAGCAUGCAGGGAGAGCGAGAGAGUGAGAGUGUCUGUGUGUCCUGGGGCUCUGUUCACAAACACAAGCAGACCCCACAGAGUCCCAGGACAGCAACAACACAAUUAGACCCAACCGAAUCAUGAGAAAACUAAAAGAUAAUUACUUGACACAUUGGAAAGAAUUAACAAAAAAACUGAGCAAACUAGAAUGCUAUUUGGCCCUAAACAGAGAGUACACCAUGGCAAAAUACCUGACCACUGUGACUAACCCAAAAUUAAGGAAAGCUUUGACUAUUUUCAGACUCUGUGAGCAUAGCCUUGCUAUUGAGAAAGGCCGCCGUAGGCAGACCUGUCUCUCAAGAGAAGACAGGCUAUGUGCACACUGCCCACAAAAUGAGGUGGAAACUGAGCUGCACUUAUUUCCCUCAGAUUACAGAGAUCUACAAAGAAUUCGAAAACAAACCCAAUUUUGAAAAACUCCCUUAUCUACUGGGUGAAAUAACACAGUGUGCCAUCACAGCAGCAAGAUUUGUGACCUAUUGCCACAAGAAAAGGGCAACCAGUGAAGAACAAACACCAUUGUAAAUACAACCCAUAUUUAUGUUUAUUUAUUUUCCCAUUUGUACUUGAACUAUUUGCACAUUGUUACAACACUGUGUAUAUAUAUACAUAAUAUGACAUUUGAAAUGUCUUUUAUUCUUUUGGACCUUCUGAGUGUAAUGUUUACUGUUAAUAUUUAUUGUUUAUUUCACUUUUGUUUACUAUCUACUUCACUUGCUUUGGCAAUGUUAACAUACGUUUCCCAUGCCAAUAAAGCCCUUAAAUUGAAACUGAAUUGAAUGUGGGAGGAUUUUGCCCAAUGAAGGCAACAUAAAUACUAGCCCAAUAUUAGACCUCUUACUAAUUGAUUUAUUAAUGAGAAUUAAUAUGGUAAGAGGUCUAAUAUUGAGCUAGAGAGGCUUAAUAGGCCUACAUCAAUGGAAACCCAUUCUUUAGUUGGUGCAUGAAACCACUUAUCAGGAUUGCAAACGGAGAUCUGAAUGAUUGCAUAUGACCCGAACACAUAAGACCAAGUUCACAAAGUUGCUUGGAGAGCUGAUUACUGUGACCAUAUAGACAUAUGUUGCCUUUGUACUUUUAAUUGUCAUCUAUAAUAAUAAAUAUAUAUAUGCUUAUUGAAAAUGUGUUUAAUGCGCACCAAUGUCCUGCCUCCUUUAUGGUAUCUGGCUCCAACUCUGGCUCUCUCCAGCUGGCUACACUGAGCUCUAACAUCAUAGUGAGUUUCCAAAAUGAAGUACUGCAAGACAGCAUUUCAAACUAACAUAUAUCUAUUAUGGGCUGAAAUAGGCAAAUAAUGUUAGAUAGUCAUGUAAUGGACCACGUGAGAGUUUCUGGUUGUAUAUCCUUUAUCUGCGGCGGAAGGGGGCACACUUUGAUUUUGCCUAUGCUGCAGAAUUGCUGGGACUUUGGUUGUCUGUCCCUCCCUAUACGUAGUUUGACAAACCCAGUUUUAAAUAUGAAUUUUCAUGGGCAUCAUGUUGCACCAAGAGCUCCAUUGGCCAUUGAGAGGCCAUAGUAUAAACGGAUAAGCAAAGUGACCUUGUCCAUGGUGGUCUGCGAACCCACGACCUUCCAGCUCGCAGCCCUGCGCGUUAUCAAAUUCCCAAUGUCGCCAUGUAACGCUCUCGAGGUGAAAAACGGUUUGUCAAACUGCAUAUCUAAGGCUCUGGUUUGUCCUAGGAGUGAGGGUAAAGGUAGGCAUGUUCUCUGCUAUAUUUUGUUUAAUUAUUAUUUUGGGUAGAGGGAGGGUCAUUUUUUUCAAGCAUUCAGGGAGGGUCAAGUGAAAAUAUAUUUGGACUAAGUUAGGGUCAUCCAUUUUAAUUUCAGAGAGGUCCGAUUUUCUCCAGGUAUCUCUUAUUAUAAAUAACUUACAGCCCCUUACCUUAGCUGUCCUACGUGUAAUACUUAACUGAUGUCCGUCUGUUGUCUGUUUCCCAUCUGUCCGUCUGUUACUCGGUUGUUGGUUGUUGUUUUCCACAUUCAAAACACAGACCCCCUUUUUGAGAAAAUUAUUCAUAAUUCCAUUUCAUUCUUCUUCCCCCCUUUUUGUCAUCAUGGCCAGGGAGGGAUGUCGGAUUGAGAAUGUGCAAAAGAAUAUUAAAUGCCGGAAGUAUGCCUUCAACAUGCUGCAGCUGAUGGCAUUCCCCAAGAUCUACCGGCCGCCGGAGGGGACCUAUGGGAAGGUUGACUCCUGA